AUGGCUGCCUCUUCUACAGCCACAAUUGGCUCCUACGAGCUGACGUCUCGCGCAAUCAACGAGCCCCCUGCCGCUGCGGUCCGCGAGGGAUCGGGUAUUUUUGACGAAACUCGGAGGCUUGGCUCUCGCUACGGUGAAGAUUACUCAGACGGUGGUGUUGAGAGCGUCGCGGCACAGAAUGCUCCCGCGGAGGUUGCUGAGAGCUGGAAAUAUCCCCGCCAGAAUGUUUUCAGAACCGGAGCGGCCUUUUGGAGUCUUUUGACCUCCGGGGCCAAUGAUGCUGCAUACGGCGCCUUGAUCCCAUACCUAGAAGAAUAUUACAACUUGAGCUACAUCAUAGUAUCUCUUGUUUUCCUCUCACCCUUUGUUGGUUAUAUCUUAGCAGCAGUCUUGAAUAAUACCCUGCAUCGACGGGUUGGACAGCGAGGAAUCGGCAUUACUUGCGGAAUAUGCCAUAUUCUCGCCUACAUCAUUAUCGCUGUUCACCCUCCGUACCCCGUCUUGGUUCUUGCGUACUGUCUUGCUGGUUUCGGAAACGGAAUCAGUGAUGCUGCUUGGAAUGCCUGGAUUGGCAAUCUCGAUAAGGCCAAUGAGACUCUUGGCUUCCUUCAUGCCUUUUACGGCGUUGGGGGAGUUAUCAGUCCUCUUAUCGCAACUAACAUGAUCGCAAAGGCUGACUUGCCUUGGUAUACAUUCUACUAUGUUAUGAUCGGGCUGGCCACUAUCGAAUUUGUUACUUGCACUUGGGCAUUCUGGCCCAAUGGUCCAGAAAUCUAUCGCCAAACCAUGGACGCAAGCAACGAGGACAACCAGGGCAUGAAGGAAGCCUUGUUCAAGCUUCCUUUCGCUCGUGUCACUUGGCUUUGUGCCGCAUUCCUCCUCUGUUACGUCGGUGUUGAGGUUUCUGUCGGCGGUUGGAUCGUCCAGUUCAUGAUUCGCGUACGAAAGGCUGAGAACUACCCAGCUGGUAUGACCUCCAUGGGCUUCUGGUUGGGUCUCGCCGUCGGCCGUGCUAUCCUGGGGUUUGUAACUCCACUUCUUGGAGUCAAAGUUGCAGUAUCUCUGUAUUUGCCUGCCGCUAUGGCCCUUCAGCUAAUCUUCUGGCUGGUUCCGAGCUUUUAUGUCUCAGCCGUAACAGUGGCACUCCAGGGUUUCUUUCUCGGUCCAUUAUUCCCUGCAGUCGUCGUUGCUACUACAAAAAUGUUGCCCAAGCACUUACAUGUUAGCACUAUUGGUUUCGCAGCCGCUUUUGGUGGUAGUGGUGCUGCAAUUCUGCCCUUUGCCGUGGGUGCUAUUGCUCAAGCCAAGGGCGUCAAGACUCUCCAGCCGAUUAUCCUGGCUUUCUUGACUGCAUUGCUGGGACUUUGGCUAUGUCUCCCAAGAAUUGGCAAGAAGAGGGAUUAA